AUGACAACACGAAGCCAAACAACACAAACCAAGCGGCCGAACGUUGAAACGACACCGUUGGUACCUGCAUUGGCAACCUAACCAUCUUUAACUCCCACAAUACUGAGUGGGGAUACUCCGUCGAUAAUGAAGAAGGCGAAAGACUUUCGGACUGGGCAGCAAUUAACCAUCUUAAACUGAUCUACGAUGCCAAACAAGGGGGCACUUUUAAAUCUGGUAGAUGGGGUACGACGAAAUCGCCGGAUCUCUGUUUUGUGUCAGAGAACCCUAAUGGCCUACCACUAACCGUAAAUAGAGAAAUCAAAAACCCUUUUCCAAGAAAUCAGCACUUGCCAAUCACCGUAACUAUCGAUCUUAUAAUCCCAACCAUAGACAAACACAUUAUGCCUCGUUGGAACCUGCGUAAAGCAGCAUGGCCAGAAUAUUCAAAAUACAUUGAUGAUGAUAUAAACCGGAUUGAACCUAUACCGCACAACUAUGGCAGAUUCAUUAACCUUAUAAAGACAGCUACGAAAAAAUCGAUAUCAAGAGGCCACAGACAUACAAGUAAUUAUACUCCUUGCUGAACUAAGGAAUGCGAAUAAUUACUAAAAGAAUAUGAAAGGGAUGGAAAGGAAAUAAAUGCCGACAAACUCAUCGCCUACUUGAUGAGGAACGUCCUUAACCCACAUAAAACCACAUCCACGGUGUUCCAUUUGAACAACAGAGAUGCUAACAGAAAACUUAACCUGAUAGUUCAGGGAACCAAACUAAUGAAUGACGACGCUCCAAAAUAUCUAGGGAUCAAGUUGGACAGAACAUUAACCUACAACCAACAUCUUGAAGAUGUAAAGAAUAAAUUGAAAACCAGGAAUAAUAUUAUUAGCAAACUAGCGGGAACAAGUUAG